AAAACCAAUCCACGACUGAAGCGCUCGCCGAGAGACUAAACCGUACGUUCCAUACUUAAACUUGAGAGCCUGCCUCUCCAAAAUAAAAAUCCAACAAUGGCAGGAACAGAGGAGUUGCUAUGGGCCGCUGCAGCGGUCUCGGUGGGGACCCGGCCCAAAACCUCCUCAGCUUCCCCUCCGUGCUUCCCUGCUGGACCAACAACGGGCGACGCGACGAGAAUCAGCUUUCGUGCUCAGCACCUUUGCAUCUCAACAAACCAAGAAAAGGUGGAUGAGCCCUUCAAUUUUGGGCCUCCUCCGAGUAAAGCUGAGGCCCAGCAGGCCCUCUCUUCUCUUCAGCGCUUGUUCUUCUCAAUGCCAUAUUCCCAAAAUUUUGGAGAUGAAUGGUCUCCUAUGGAAAAGGGUGAAACCGACGAAGAGGCGGCCUCAACCGAAUUGGUGGAAAGAAGCUCAUCUGCUGCUGAACUCGCAUCAAACGGGCCAGUGCCUUCACAUCAGCCGAAGCAUCCUGAAUCUCCAGGAAUAGCCGGACUUUUUAAUGCAUUUCGAAUAUUAGUCUUUAAUCCAUAUAUUCAGCGAAUGGUUGUUUCUUUAUCAUCUGAUCAAGCUGUAUGGGAUGCGGUUAUGAAGAACAAAAUAGUGCAAGACAUCCAGGAAUCCUUGAGUGCAGAAUCAACCAGAUCGCAGAACAGCGGCCAUGACGUUGGCAUGAUUAUCCUGAGAUGGAUACUGAAGAGCACCAAGUCAACAAUUGUUGGAUUUUUCGACAAGCUCGUAAAACUUGUUAGCGAGCUCUUCCAUCACCAAGAGAGGGAGUCCAGUGACCAAACGAGGGAGGAGAACACGAGCAGUUUUGAUCAAGUGGUGAGAACCUCGUUCAUGAUAACCGUCAUGGUGUUUAUGGUCAUCAUUGUAACACGUAUGCAAUGAACUUCACAGUUCGUUCAUCGUAAGAUUGCGAAAGCCUGUAUAGUUGGUAAAACUGCAUCUAGUUCAUCAAUCUGUACUAGGUUUUUUUUAUCGCAGGCUGCUCAUCUGUUGAAGGUAUCAAA